CAUGUCCAUGCCGGUUCCCGAAGAACCGAUUUCGAGAAGCACGGAAGAUCUCUUACUACCACAUAGGCCAGAAAGAGUCUCCUCCGCUAAUCCCCUAUUAGGAGAAAAUAAGGGGUUGGAUAAAUCUCAACUUGCACUUCCUGGUUCCAGAGCUCAAUCGAGGGACUCCCUAUUUUGCGGAGCUAGAGUUACACAAGUUACAAAAUUUCCUUGGCAAAGGGAUAUCGGAGUGCAAUGUGAACUUUUAAAAGCUGAUCCUCCCAAGAUACCUCCACCGCCACCGUCUCCUAGGCAAAUAAGAAGUCUAGCAACGCAUAGAAAAUCUAUUAGUAAAACACUUUCUUUGGAUUUGAAAAGUCCCGGAACUACCGUUGCUCAUACGGCACCAGCGGGAACGUUUCAUUCCACAUCUGAACUAUCGAUUCCAGUACCAAUUAGUAGGCAUAGACCAUCACCAUCACUAGGAGCUAUAGAUGAUCCAACCGGAAGUGAUUUGGAAGUUGCGGCGCUAUUCGAAAAUGGACAAACUCAAGAGCCGAAUGAAGAUGAAGUAAAUCUUGCUACACUACACAGAACAGCCAAAAAGUGCCCUUAA